AUGCGCAUUAAAGUUCUUAUGCCGACAUUUUGGAAGCCUUUACCAUUAGUCUUCCGUGUUUCUUCAGUUGUUUACCACUUAACAUAGUCGAUAAGAGAACUUCUGCAACAAGUCAACAUCCACAUUUCUCAAAUGGUCAGAUCCAGGAGUAAAAGUCCCGAGGAAAAUCGGCUAAAAAAUAAAAAACACAAAAAAAGAAAAUCUCGUUCAAGAAGCAGAUCACGAGAAAAUCGUAGAAGGCGACAUAAAUCAUUUUCUAGGGAGCGAAUGAUUAGGAGAAUAAGACAGAAGAGGAAGAGAAAAUAUACUACCAGUUCAAGUGCUACAGAAAGUGAGACAGAGGUUGACAGAAAAAUUGAAAAAGUGAGAAAAAAGGAAGAAUAUAUGAAGCGUGUAGAUACAGAGAAGCAAAGACAAAAGGUACAAGCCAAGAUAGAAGAGCAAUUGAUUGAAGAGGAGGUUGCUCGAAGGGUAGAAUUAAUAGUGGCCAAGCGUGUCAAAGAAGAAUUAGAAAAAAGAAAAGAUGAAAUCGAAAUAGAAAUAUUACGACGCGUGGAAGAAGCAAAAAAAAUUAUGGAACGUGAGAUGAUGGAGGAAAUUCAAAGGCAACGCGAAAAGGAAUUACAAGAAAGUAGAAGACGCGAGGCGAAAUUAGUACGUGUUAAAUGUAUUGUAAAAGAAAUGGCCAUCGGAUCUCUUCGCGCUCUAGGACCGGACAAUUUGACGAAGGAAGGUGAAAGAAGAAUGAUUUUUUGUGGGCGGGUGGGUAUUUGGGAAAUUUGGGAGGAAAAACGGUUAGAAGCGGAAAAAUUGCAACGUAUUAUGGAAGAAAAUCAGCGGAAAAUUGAGAAACAACAAAGAGAAAUGAGAGAACAAAUGCUUGAGCAGCAGGAAAGAGAGCGAAAAGAAUUAGAAGAACGUCAGCGUCGAGAUGAAGAAAUGAGAGCUAGACAAAGAGCUGAACAGGAAUUAAUUCUUAAUAGAAAAAAUGCAAAGCGAGAUAAAAUAAAGUUUACAUUCAAUGCCUCCUAA